AUGUCAGAUAUAGAAACUUUUAUUAAAUCAGUACCUGAAUUUAAAGAAUCAAGAUUGUCUUCUUUAUAUUCAAAUUUUGAAAAGAAUAAAAUUCUUAAUCCAGAAGGAUAUGAAGCAAAUAUAUAUGCCUGGCAAACAUUAUUAUUAAAAUUGAUUACUUCAUCGAAAUUCCCAGAUUCUGAUAUUUCAUUUGUAACAUUGACAGCUAGUCAUACUUCAGGUGGUGGAUUUAGUCUAGUCUCAUUUUUGAGUAUUUCUAAAUAUGGAGCACCGCAAAAUCUUGGACCAAUAAUUAAUGAAUUAGUUGUUCAUCGGAAAGUAUUCAUACCGUAUUCUUUGUUUAUCAAUGGGGAUGAUGAUUCUGAAUGGGGUAGUAUAAUUAAUCCUAAACAAAAUCUGAUUAUUGAUUAUUUAUCACCUGGAUCAUGGAUUAAAUGGGGGGUUAAUUCAAUUUUUUCAAAACAAUAUUCUGUCAUUGAUGCAAAAACAGGUAAUUUAAAACAUGAUAGAUUUAUAGCAUGGGAACAAUUGACGAAAUUAGGUGAUCAAUAUCUUGAAAUAAUUCGAAAAGAAAUUUCUAAACAAGGGACUUAUUCUAGUAAAUUAUUUAAUAAUCAUACAUUAUACCAAUUUUUACAAACGAAAUUACAACAUGAAUUGAAAAAAAUUGAUUUUGAAAUAUUUUUAAAAUAUUGGAGUCUUUAUAAAUCAGCAUGUAUGAUACGUCAUUCUGCAACCACAACCACAACCACAACCACAACCACAACAGAAAAUGAUACGAUAUAUAUUAAAUUUGAUAAUUCAGAGAUAACAAAUGAUGAUAUUGGUAUUAUAAACAUUCAACAAAGUUUAAACAAUUUACAAAAUAGAAAUGAAUAUUUACAAACCAAAUUAAAUGAAAUUGAUUAUAAAUCAAUAUUAUCAUCAUCAUCAUCAUCAUUACCUAACCAACUGAAACAUAACGACCAGCAAGUACAACAACAACAACAACAACAACGGAAACUUCGAUUGAAAAAUUUAAUUAAACGGAAAAAAACGUUAACGAAAUCAUUAAUGAAUUCAUUAAAUUUAUAUGAUGAAUUAAAUAAUAUUUUAGUUAAAAUUAAUGAUUCAGAUUUAAAUUAUCAAAUAUAUCAUCAAUUAUUGAUUAGUUCGAAAAUAUUACAAAAUAUGAAUAAUAAAGUGAAUUUAAAUGAUAUUGAUGAUUUGAAAAUUGAUAUUGAUGAACAAAUUGCUAAAGAAAAUGAAAUUAAUAAUGCAUUGACAAAUAAAUAUGCCAAUAAUAAUAAUGAAGAAGAAGAGGAAGAAGAGGAAGAAGAAGAAGAACUUGAAAAAGAAUUGAAUGAAUUAUAUAAAGAAAUUAAUGAAGAAACUUUAAAGAAACAAAGUGAGAGUCAACAAUUGAAUAAUGAAACUAAAAAAGAGGUAACUGCUAAUGAUGAUGAUAAUAAUAAUAAAUUAAUAGAUAAAUUGAAUCAAUUGAAAAUUAAUGAUACUGUAACUCCACAAUCAACAAAGGAGAAACAAGCUGAACCUAUAGUAAAUUAG